GAAGGAAGCACGAGUCUCCUCCUUGUCCUCGCCGUGUGUUCCUGGUGCUCCUGUUGUGUCCCGGUGCCUCUGCUGCGUCCUGGUCUGCUGUAUCCACUCAAGGCGGCGCUGAGACGGAUUACUGUAACCUGUUAGUGUUGCGACUUUUCUUCUUUAUAUCGUAGAACCGCUGCGACAUCCGUGACCGGCAGUGACUUGAGUGUAUGCAGAAAGCGACCAAGAGGAAGACAUGGCGAACAUAGAGAAAGUGUUGUUACUGGACGCCGUGGAUCCGAAGUGCGGCGAGGUACUGCAGGAGGCCGGGAUCGCCGUCACCACGCGGGGCAAGCUGACCAAGGAACAGCUGAUCCACGAGUUGACGGAGCAUGACGCCGUGGUAGUGCGGUCCGCCACCCGCAUCACGGAGGAGGCGCUGGCGGGCGGCGGGCGGCUGAGGGUGAUCGGGCGAGCAGGCACCGGCGUGGACAACAUCGACGUGAAGGCGGCCACACGCAAGGGUGUGCUGGUGAUGAACACUCCAGGAGGCAACACACUCUCUGCCGCCGAGCACACUUGUGCCAUGGUGUGUGCGCUGUCCCGCUUCCUGCCCCAGGCCUGCGCAGCUCUUAAGGAAGGGCGCUGGGAUCGGAAGACCUAUUUGGGAUCCGAGUUGCACGGCAAGACCCUCGCCAUUGUGGGUUUGGGCAGGAUAGGGCGCGAGGUGGCUAAGCGCAUGCAGGCCUUUGGCAUGACGACCAUCGGGUACGAUCCAAUGAUCCCCGCGGACGUGACGGCUGGCUGGGGAGUAGAGUCGCUGAGCCUGGAGGCGCUGUGGCCACGGGCAGACUACAUCACAGUGCAUACCCCGCUGCUGCCACACACCAAGAACCUGAUCGGCGAGAAGGUGUUCUCAGUCUGCAAGCCCGGCGUGCGCGUGGUGAACGUGGCGCGUGGCGGCAUCGUGGACGAGGCUGCUCUUCUCAAAGCUCUGGACUCUGGGGUGUGCGGUGGGGCAGCGCUGGAUGUUUUCGUGGAGGAGCCACCCACUGACCUGACACUGUGCAAACACCCCAAGGUGAUCUGCACGCCUCAUCUGGGAGCCAACACCGUAGAGGCGCAGCGACGCGUGGCUCUGGAGAUCGCCCAGCAGAUUGUGGACAUGUCCAAGGGACGCCCACUUACCGGCAUAGUCAACGCCCCGGCGCUAACUAACGCCAGCAGCGAAGCCUUCAAACCAUGGAUUGAGAUGGCCCAGGCCCUCGGCUACUUGGCCAACCAUCUCUCCAAGCCCGCAGACACCCCGGCACUCACCAUCACCCUGGACUUGUAUGGUAGCGAGGCGAGCAAGAUGGAUGCCUUCCUGGGUUCUGCCGUGCUUGUGGGGCUGCUCAAGGGCAUGACGCAAAACGGCAUCAACCUGGUGAAUGCUCCCCUGCUGGCCCAGGAGCAGGGCGUCACUCUCUCUGUCAAGUCUCACCCUGGUGACCUGCCCUCCGUGGCGGCUGCUGGUCCUGACGCCCUCCAGGUCAAAGUCACGCGGGGCCUCAACACUCAUGUCCUCAUUGGUAACGCUGCUUCGGGGCAGGCAACGCUGUACGGCCUGGACGGCUGCGUGUGGGACUCCGGCCUGACGCUGGGCCGCAACAUGCUUUUCUUCUCCGCCUUGCCCACCGCCUCCCCGCUGGCCGCCAUUGCCACCCAGCUGCUGGCAGAGCGUGCGGCCGUCACGUCGCUACUCUCCUCUGCCCCCACCAAGAAGGAGGUGUGGCACGUUGCCAGGACCGAAGAGGCUGUGGCUCUCCCCUGCGGUAUCCCCGGGACGAGGCUCAUGGCGCAGGUUACCUUCUGAGGCACCAAGGCCCGCCAGCAGCCGAGGCCAACAGUCAUCUGUACUCUCCCUCCUGCCUCGCGAUCAAGUGCUGCUCCUUGGGGGUCACAGUCACUGUGGCUCCCAGGACUGCGUGGCACCUUCUCGUAGGCUUAGCGGCUCUGCACCAAACCGUUCGUUUUAGCUGUUGAAUGUCAUCCGUAGGCAUGACAUUAACGCCGCCAGAGCAUGUGAUCCACCAGAUCCUUGAUGCAUCACAAGUAGAUGUCUGAUAUUUGCUUUAAAUAUGCAACCCUUCAGAGUAGUCCCUAAGGGUUGUUUGCAUACAUUGCCCCAUUGAAUACAGUUCCAUGUAUAAAGUGUUGGGUGGAAGUUUUCUCUCAUAAUCGUCCAUAAUCCUGUAAUUUGUAUAUUGAUGCACAGAACAUUUAGAGGUGACGCAUCCUUCAGACAGGUGUACUAAAGCACACUAAAUGUAGUAAUCAUGCUAUUUUAUAUAUUUUUCUACAUGUGUAUGUAUGUUAGUAUCAUGAGAGUGCAAAGUACAAAGCAUUUUCUCUCCACCAUAUCAGUAAAACUUUACUCGUAAAUAUCGUCCAUUUUUCAAUUUUCAGCGGAAUUGUCUCCUUUCUUUUCCGUCUUUGCCGAAGCUCAGGACUCGUGCACGUCUCGAGUCGUUGUCUUUUGCUGUUUGCUGUUUAAUUAGUUUUAUUUCUGGUUUUACAAACAAUUGUACUUCAGAA